AUGUAUCUUAAAGUUCUGCUGCAGGAUAUCUGGCGUUCCGGUACCCAAUGGGACGAAGAAAUCAAUGACGAUUUGUACAACAAAUGGAAAAUUUGGUUAGCAGUCCUUCCGCAAGUCGAGCACGUUCAGGUUUCACGUUGCUAUCAACUGCGUACACCUCCAGUUGAUAGCGUGGAGUAUUCAUGUUUCAGAAUUGAUCACUCAACUUUAAGGUGUGCCAACAGACCUCGGAACAUCAAUCCAUCAAUCCAAAACGACAAUGGACAAACACGGUCUUCGAAGGAUGCCGUCGAAGUACAGCUGCAUACUUUCGUACAUGCUAGUGAGAAUGGGAUGGCGGCCGCAGUGUAUCUCCGUUUCAUGCAUGCUGGAGAAGUUGAAUGCCGCCUCGUAGCAGCCAAAACCAAAGUGGCACCAUUGAAGUACCACUCUAUCCCUAGGCCGGAGCUUCAGGCGGCUGUAAUUGGUGCUAGGCUUGCUCAAGCAAUCGAAGAGACACUUUCUAUACCAAUCAACAUUUACUGGUCAGACUCCAGAGAUGUGCUGUGCUGGAUACGCUCAGAUCAUCGCAGAUACUCGCAAUUCGUCGCCUGCCGUGUAAGUGAGAUUCUUGAAACUACCGAUGAAAGGGAAUGGCGAUGGAUCCCAACCAAGCUUAACGUUGCAGACGACGGAACUAAGUGGACGAGACAGCCAGAUCUAACUCCAGAAGCAAGGUGGUUCAAUGGUACCGAGUAUCUGAAAAGCCCAGAAGUCGAUUGGCCACAUUCAACGAUUGUGACUAACGCUACCGAGACCGAGCUCCGUCACCGUUUACUAUUUCACCACAUUGAACCAACACCAAUCAUAAGCGUCGUCGAUUUCUCUAGCUGGAAGCGGUUAGUCCGUGUAGUUGCACUUGUCCAGCGUUUUUUGGCUAACUGCCGCCGCAAGCUACAAGGCGAGCGAAUCCGCACAGCACCACUUUCCAUGGAAGAACAACGUGGUGCCGAGGAGUAUAUCCUGCGUCUUACUCGGCGUGAAGCGUUUCCCGUAGAAGUGAAUUUACUUACUGAGUACCCUCAAAAACCACUUCCCAAAGUGAGCCAACUGUACCAACUGACGCCAUGCUUGGAUGACCGCGGCAUAAUGCGGAUGCGAAGUAGGAUUGCUGCUUGCGAUUUCGCUACGGAGGAUGCUAAAAGUCCAAUACUUCUUUCUCGUAAUCACCACAUAACCACUCUUAUUUUGCAACACUACCACAACAAAUACCACCACCAAAAUCAUGAAACCGUGAUCAACGAGAUACGGCAAAAAUGCUACAUUUCUCGAAUCCGUGUCUGCUAUCGAACAAUACGCAGUAACUGUCAACGCUGUAAGAACGAAGCCUCAUUGCCACGGAACCCGAUCAUGGCUGAUCUUCCUGCGGCCAGACUAGCUGCAUUUUCCCGACUCUUCACACACGUGGGCGUAGAUUAUUUUGGGCCAGUAGAAGUCGCCCUUGGAAGACGAGUGGAAAAACGCUGGGUUAUGCUUGCCACCUGCUUGACAGUUCGCGCAAUCCACCUCGAAGUAGUCCUCUCACUUACCACUGAUUCGUGCAUCAUUGCCUUCGAAAUGGCUUUGCGCGGCGAGGUUGUCCCAGGAAAAUUUAUAGUGAUCGGGGUACAAACUUUGUUGGAGCCAGUAAGGAGCUAA